AGAAUAUUACGGGCUUUAAUCUUCAGCGAGGACAGAAACAGGAAUUCCAGUGUCCGCUUUCAUCCUCCGAUCGGUCCAGAAAUACCACUGUUUACUGGUGCGAGGACGUCGAUGGAGAGACGAGAAUCAUGGGUGUCAAGUUUUCUGACGGGAAAGUGUUGGUAAAUAAAAACUACCAAGGGGGCUACANACGUUACCGAGCGUGGUACUCUGGUUGUGAAGGAGUUAGAUGGCUCACGCCGCCGAUUCUUAUGUUUGAAGUCUUUGCAAGAGCCCGGUAUCGCAGCAGGACUGAUUGAAGUCAAUGUCACGGUUACCGCAAAGCAAGCGUUCCCAGCCAUUUCGGGCUGCGAUCCAAACGAAGCUGCAUGCUCCGUAACAGUCGACAAGAAUAGCAAGUCCAGUAAUUGGGUCUGUUCCGUGUUUAACGUGUAUCCUACCCUACACUUGUCCUGGUCCAUUCCCGUCUGUGACGCCCAACAGAGAUAUCCAAGCUUCACAAUAUCAAACAUAUCUGAAGUCUUCGACCCAGCCGCUCAGACUUUCAACCAGUCUAUCGAGCUACUGAUCUAUGGGAACGCAACGUUCAACUGCACGACUAAGUGUACAGCGUCGGGACUGGCCAUCGCUAAUUCACACAUCCAGAAAUCCCUCUACUUCACCAGUGUUGGUGCAGCAAAUUCUGCCCAAGGCGUUGGACCAGCAGUACCGCUAGUACUGUGCUGUGUUUGCUUAAUCUCCCUUUUGACCUACCCUCUCUGGAGCAUGCUUUCACUGGGUUGAUCCCAGAGAUCUUGGAGAUGGACAGUUACACUUAUUUUCCAUACAGUCCAGCACAUAAAGAAAGUGCUCUUAAUACAAGGUCAUAUUUACAACAUGAACAAUUUUAAGUCCCAAUUCCUUGUAUUUCUAAUCUCCCAUCAUUGACAACAGAAAGUAGUAUAAUAAGAUACAUGUGUAAUUUAUAAAAUCCUAGAAACCAUGUUAUGACAGUUCCCUUUAUGAUUCUUGUGGCUUAUGGAAAGUAAUAGACAGUGUACAAGUAUAUCAGACCUACCAACAGCGUAUAGCUGGCAGUACAUAGAGCACUGCUACACUUUAGGUGUGAGGAACUCAAGGAUUGCUGUAAAAAUACAAGAAUAUUCAUGAAUAUAUACGCAGAUAAGUAGAUGGCAUUUUGAACCACCUGUUACAAAGUUUAUAAUCACAAAUUUGCUCAAUCGAACGCCUCUACUUCCCAUGGAUUCAAGUUCUCUUCAUUUAAUCUCAUGGUUCUUCGUAUUAUUUCUUAUGUACAGUAAUAAGUUGCAAAGGCCUUAAAUAUCUUUCCCAAAAAUACAUGCACAUUUACAGAACAAAAUUUCCCCCCAAAUGGACCUUAAUGUCUUCCUCAAAGUACAUGUAUAUCAGUAGAACAAAUUUUUCCCCCAUAACAGACAAUAUAGGAAACUUCAAUACUAAGUCAUCUGCCAUUUAAGAAUGUGUAAAUAGACUUACCAAGCAGCGUCCCUCGACCCGUGCCAAUCACUAACGCUGUAUGCACCAAGGCAAAUAGAUAUACAUGUAGCCAUGUUUCAUACAAAGUAACAAUGUACAGUAGCAGCAAGUAGCAGUAGAGAAGCAGUACAGUAGCAGAAAGUGAUGUUAACGCGAUGAGGUUCUGAAGCUGAGUGAUCUGACUAGGGUGUUUCGGCCCACUCCGCAGGGUGGGGUGAAUCACAAAAGCUUUUCAUACCAGUGAACAAAUGCAGGGCAGAAACAAUACUCUGUUCAGGUCACUAUUGUCAGAUGCUGGCGCGCACAUGUAUGGCUCUGUAGAUAUGCAAAUGCACUACUAAAUACAAGAAAGUCACAGAGUGCACCACACAGUAUUGUUGAUAGCUAUUUUCACCAGGUGUGUAAAGUGAAGGCUGAAGAGAGAGCGCUGUACAACACAAGUUUGCAUUUGUAAUUGUGUUAAAUAGUGGAAGUCUGUUCUUGAGGUGCCGGGUACACGUAUAAAAAGAAGAAUUCUGUAGUCUGAAAGUGAAUAAGGAGUGUUGAAAAAGUAGAGGGACCAGGUGACUAGGAUAGUAGGUAGGCCAACAGAACUGUUAGAAGGCUACAAGCUUUUACUAGUUUACACAGGUUAUUUAGUUUUGGGGUAUCAUAACAUCAUCUUUUAUGCCUCAUUCUAUGUUCUUUAUAAAACAUUUACUAGAAUUACCUUUUCUUUUUGUUUGUAAAUUAAACUCACUUAGGCUAUUGAAGACUGUGGAAACAACUAUUAAUGUCAUCUUUUACUAUUAAAUACUGCUGCACUCAAAAACUGACUCUUAGAGUUUCAUGAACACGAAUUACACUGUAAGUCAAUUUCUCAGCCCAUCAUGCCUAUCAGACAUAAAAUCGCUUCUCUUGAAAACCCAAUGUAUAGAACUGUUGACUACGGUUCCAGGCCUGUGCCUAUGUACAAGAUGUAGGCCUCCCUCAAGUUUGCAUGAACUUUAUAUGCUCUCAGUCAUACAGAUGUAUACACGAAUACAUGAAGUACAUGUACAUGUACUUUGAUCGUGUUUUGACACGAAAGGUCCCUGCAUCCUGACAAUAACCCCUGCGUACCUGACAUUGAAUCUCACUGGUAAAGCUUCCCAAAACUGCACGAACAUUGUGACCAAAAUGAAGAGAUGCACAGCCGCAACACGCACGUCGUACAUUCCUGCAACAGUAGUAGGAACCUACUACAACACAUCCUGCGCACAGCCACCAUGAUGCUUUCCCGGGUCGAGAGGAUAUCACGUGAUGUUUAACGGUUGGUUUUAUUCUUUUCCCUCCACGAAAAUUCUAGCAUCCAUUGAAUCUUUUCCUACUUCCGUGACAGAAUGGACACAACUCGAUCUUGUUUUACAGACUAAUUGAUUUUUUUUUUAAAACAGAGUGACGAAUUAACCCGAAGAAUGGCAGAAUUGGAGCAAUAUAAAAGUACACAGUGAUUCAUGUAAAUCUAGAGAAGCGGUGUUUUACUUCAAGGAAGUCCCAGUUUAUAAAUGUAGAAACGGGAAAACCUAGGUGAUCCCUGGGCUUUGUUAAAGGAGAAUGGUGACAUGAUUAUCGCAAUUGUUGGACCAAAAUUGCCGAUAACUGCGCACCAUGCGCCACUGCAAACAACACUCGCACUUUGCACACUCGGGUGCAGGCCAGUAAAUAAACUGCCUCAGUCAAAACCGACAAAUACAUGAACUUAAAUAAAUCAGGAAAAAUACGAGUUUCUCAGACGUUCGACACACAAAUCAGAUUAAAGCUUAUUUUUUCGUUUUUUAAAUUUUCUUUUAAAUUUCUAUUCGUUAACCGAUGAGUUUUGAAGAUAUUUCGUUUCCACAGAAGGUCACCUCUUGAAAGCAGUCGUGAAGCCCCUCUCCAUUUUGUGCCUACAUCCUCAAAAAAUAGACCCUUUUCAGGCACCAAAAUCUUCCAGAUGUCAUUCAGAUACAAGCUGACAAUCGGUUUGGUUGCCUAAACCUGUUUUUUUUUUUUCUGAGGUUCAUGGGCCAUAAAUGUUGCAUUUGGUAGAGAAUAUGAGUGCAUACAAAAUGUGGCCUGCACCCACACAAUUUUGGGCAAUCGGAAAAAUAGCGCCCUCAAUAGUUCAGUUUUGUUACAAAUAAAAUGGUGGCAAAUUCAAAUUGUUUUGAACAGAAAUGUAUAAUUUGAGAAUUUUGACGGUGGUAAUGUUGAGUUCACUCACAUGCAGUGUUUCAACGCAGGUCUUAGAAGAUGCCGAUAUCCUUUCAGUUGGUAACAGUAGAUUGAAAAGAAAAUCCCGCAGUACCGAAUCACCAACUUACGUAUCCUCCCAUGAAGUCAUAGUCCACCGGGGACAGAGGCAACACAUCCGCUGCCCGAGCCUCAGGCAAGGGGAAGAAAUAAGCCUCAUCUUUUGGUUCAGAGGGGGACAACUCCUCGCCCGCUACGCCCAUCCAGACGUUGGCAGCAACUUUGUUGAGAGCGAUCAGUACGGAAUGUCUGAUUCCCACGAGCUGAUCAUCAACAAUGUUGACACAUCUGACCAGGGUGAUUAUGCCUGCAGUGUCGUACCCAGCGCUACUGGAUUACAGAGAAAAAAGACCAUCUCUGUCACCGUCCAAACUGACGUCCCAGAUUACAGAGAAGCUGUUUACCCCAGGAACAAUGAGGCCUAUGUAUUCCGGAACCAGACUCAUCACAUAAAAUGCCCCAGCUACCGACAGGAGGAAGCGGUGAGCUUGAUCUUCUGGUUCAAAGGUGACCGUCUGGUUGCUCGCUUUGCCAACCCAGAAGUCGGUACCAACUUCAUUUCGAGUCGUAAUUUCUGGAUGUCAAGCUCUCACGGCUUGGUCAUUAAGCAGGUCAAGCCGGCUGAUGGAGGGAACUACGCGUGCAGCGUGGUACCAAGCGCCACGGGGCUACAAAGGAAAAGAUCGCUCAAAGUGACUGUCUUAGACUCAGAAUUUCCAGCCUGUGAUGGUUCAUGCGUGAUAAAUAAAACUACAAUCGAACUCGAACGAGGACAAAAAGACGAAGUCCCAUGUCCCAUACAGCGCAUGCAUCGACAGGGUUCAACGAUCUGCUGGUCCCUUGGUAACGGAGAAGCCAACGCUACCAGCAUCAUUGGUGUCAAGUUCUUCGACGGACAGACUGUAGUAAAGACAGAGUACCAUGACAAUUACAGAAUCAACGAAGAUGGCUCAUUGGUUCUGCACUCAUUAGACGCGCUACCCACUCGUUUCUGGUGUCAUGUGUUCCUGGAUCGGCCGGGUCUUUCUUCUGCACACUGUGACGUCAGUUUCGGCUCUUCGAUAAUCUAUGAACCGACUACUCGGACCACCAGUCUCUAUGACGAAUUAGUGCUUCAAACAUUUGACUUGGAUCCAGGUGAAAUAUCUCCUGACUCAAGCUCACUGUCAGCAGCAUCUACUUCAGAUGGCAGUCAAACGUUGUAUGUGAUUCUAGCUGCUCCACUUGUCAUGGUUCUAAUAUUUGUCAUCUGCGUGCGACGCUGGGCAAAGAAUUACGAAAAUAAAAGUGCAGACGGCGGGGUCGCAACAACAAACCACGAUGAGGCAAACAGGCAACCCUGCAAGAAAAUCCAUAUCGUGGAGAAUUUACUCCCAGACCUGGAAAGUGUACCCCAAGAAUCCAUGCACCGGUCUUCAAUUAGUACCGAAGUGCCAAGUAGCAUGCCGAUGUUACAAGUUGAAAGUGUCACAGAAACCGAAGAUGUAUGUGUGGUCAAUUGUCGUCAUGGUUAAGUAACUGCACACUGAAAGCUAAUGCGACGAAACGCAGACGGGCUCGUUCAAGAAAUCACUCGACACAAGUCGACUCUGCAAGAAGUAAGAACUACCCCAGAAUUCCUUAUCCUAUUCUGCGCUAAACUCCAAAAUGACUUGAUUGCAACAUUCAUCGAUGUUUUCGGCAUUUGUGGCGUUGCACAACCUAUCCAGUUAUAGAGAGUUUCCAGGAAUUUGUACUUAAAUUCUGUCGCCCUCUCGGUGAUUUGAUGUUUAGUAAACAUCUGCUACAUUAUUUUUACCAUUACGUCUACUGUACACAAGACUGUAUAUACAGAACACUUUCGUAGGAUGAUUUACAAUGUUGAGUUAAUGUAGAUCACAGAAAAAAGGUACUGUCAUUUAGUUUACCACACACUUCAAUGAUGGUCUUUCUAAAAAAGUUUUAAAACAUGUACAUAGGACCUAUUCGAAUUUACUACACUGUUUGCUAAAGAGUAGCCUUCGAUUAAUCCUUCAAUAGACAGAAUGUUACAGCCAUAUCUCUCAUUAUGCAGAAUAAUUCCAAUUAUUAUUCAUAAAGCACUUGUGAGUGCCGA